ACUGGCGUUUACAUGUGGCUUUUUCCUGGUUUGAUGAUAAGAAAUAGGAUAAGAAAUUGCAUUGUAAAUUAAUCAAGGAAUUGUAUUGAAGCUAGCAAUACUGGUAAAGAAUUACUUCCGAGCACCAACGUUUAAGUAACAAAGUCCUUGAAUUAGGUGCUUGUGUGUUAUAUCUAUGUUGGCCAUUUGCUUUACUGUGGUCAAUUUCAUAAAUCUGUCUACUUUGAUCCCUAUAGAUUUUGACAGGGUAAUUCUAGUGUAGAUGUUAAGCUUCCAACCUGAUUUAAGAUAUGAGAGGUUGGUGGAUAAAGGAAUAAUUUAAAAUUCAUCUAAUGACUCUGGCUAACCUUUUGGGAUUAAUUUGAAAUUAAUUAAUUGUUUAAUUCAUUAAUAUGUUUAAAUGACUCUCUCACUUGUUCCUGAAGUGUCAGUCAAUAUUUAGCAUAGUACUCAGAUAUGUCCAUUAUUCCAGGAGGAAUAAUGCGUAAACUCUAGAUUUUUAAAAUAUGUGUGCACCUUUUAUAAUUUUUUUUUGCCUAAAUAUAAGAUACCUUAUUCAAUCAUCAUCCUUGCUCUUGCCUUUUAAAUUGUCAGUCUUCAAGUAACAAUUGUCCUUUAUCAAAUACAUUGAGUUACCUUGAAACCUUAUUUUAGCUACAUUGUCUUCUGAGAGAAAACAGUGGGGGAAGAUAAUCUGAUAAAUACAUAAACAAUAGCAUUGAAGUCCUUGCUCUGUAACAUUUUGAUUCCCCCAAGUAAAUAUUUUUCUCAGUCCCCUUUUCCAAAGUAAGGGGACUGAAAAAAAUAUUUGAAGUUGAUAUCCAGAAAUCAACUUCAAGAGCUUGCUGAUACUACAGAAAUCUUCCUGGAAGUCCCAGCUGCCCCAGUGCAUGCAUUUAAACUACACCAGUUCUCAGUUUAUCCUGAAAUAACACUACAGGGGAGGCAAAAAGGCAAUAUAAAAAUAUCUGGCUACUAUAAGUGAAGUCAAGUCUCUAGGAACAGAUAGAUUAUAUCCAAGAGUAUAGAAAAAGUGGACAGAAGUAAUCCCAGGAUCACCAGCAAUAAUCUUUGAGAAUUCCUGGAGAACAAAAGUCCCAGGAAGAGGGCAAACGUCUCCAUCUUCAAAAAGGAGAAAAGAAGAGGACCCAAAUAACUACAUCCAAUCAGCCUGAUAUCAAUACCAGGAGAAAGUCUAGAGCUGAUCACUGAACAAACAAUGUCAAAUAGUCUAUUUACAGGAAAAUUGAACCUUUGUAGGAAAUUGAUAGAAACUGGGUCUUUUUUUACUUGCCACUUACUUUCUGCAGUUCCAUGGAACCUGAUCGCUAUAUCAGAAAGAAUUCCAGCCUUUCACUAAUGGCAUUAUUACAUCACAGGCACAAUCAUCUGUAAAAUUCCAGUGGCCCAUCAUGCACCCAUUAUCCUGUUGCCCCUGGAAGCUAUAAAUAUUGGGGGGAAAGGUUUAAAAACAGCAGAACUGUAACAUGACAAUGGUAGGCCACUACUUUAAUUAGUCUACACACUCGAUAUUUAGCUGGUAGCUGAUUUCCUGUGCCUUCUGUAGAGUUUGCUGUUCAUCAGAUGAACUUCUGCAUAUAGCGGGGAUGCCACAAAAAAAGAGACCUUCACUUUUGGAGCAGAAUAAACAGAAAUCUUCUGGCCCCAAACUGGAAACGGGAGAUUAUCAAGAAAGAACAGGGUGUCCAGAUGCUCCACAGAAGAUUGCCUACACAACUCCAUGCAAUUUAAAUCUCUCUCCAGUCUCCACGGCAGAAACUGGAGAUUCUUUAGACAUCUCCUGGAAAACAUUUUUAUCUGUGUUAAGAUCAAUGGAGGAGUGUUCAGAAAACAAGAUUAAUGCUUUGGUCCCACAGCUGAUAACAUCUCAGCCAGUUCUGCCAAGGAAAAAGGUUGCCACCAAAUCUGAAAAGACAAGAAGAGGAAGAUCAAGUGCUCUGCCUGUUAUACUAAAACCUGGAGAAAAGGCAAAUGGAAUAUUUCAGAAGGAAAGAGAAUUUAGUGCUGCUAUUGCCAACUCAAAACAAGAUGGAGAGAAAAAUAGAAUAGGAUCAGGUCAGCCAGAUUCCUGUCAAAAGACCCCUAAGGGAGAUGUGUGCCAUACAGCAAGCAAAAUCAAGACAGAUCAAGCACCAAGUGAGACAAGUUUCUCCCAUUUACCUCUGUCACUACCUCAUCCCAAAGGUGCGCUCCAAAGAAAUUGGGAAGCACCUUCUUUAAUUCCCCAAGAGAAUACAUCCCUGACACACAAGUUCAAGAAAGGAAACAUAGGGCUAAGUCAUAAAGACCGGCAUCAGCAGAAAGUAAAUAGCGGCAUUCGUGUUCUCCCUCACCUGGAGUGCCAGACUAAGGCCCGUUUGGUUUCAAGUGCUGUAAAACACCAACCACAACUCCAAUCACAAGAUGCUCUCUUCCCACAAAUAGCCACAAAGAACUUGCAGAACAUAACUUCUUUGCAUCAGCAGGAAAGCAGAUUAGGUCAGACAUUUUCAUCACUGCCUGAAAACAGUAUAAGAACCUUGUCCAGCAAGACAGAAGGAGAAAAAGCUCAUAAUCUGAAGCUGCCUUUGAACCCAGCAGUGGCUGAUUUCCUCUCCCAAUCAGAAGCUUUGAAAUAUUUCAAAACCCAGCUAACAUUGUAUGAACAACGAGAAAUUAAGGAAUUUAAGGAGUUGUGGUAUCUUGGGUUGGGAGCUAAGAAGAUUGAAGGAUAUGCGGAUGGAGAGAAUAAUACCUUUGAUGAUGAUCAUGGCUCCUAUAAAAAGGUUCUAAGUGAUCAUAUUGCAUAUAGAUAUGAAAUACUCGCUAUUCUUGGGAAAGGAUCUUUUGGACACGUUCUGAAGUGUUUGGACCACAAGACAGGUGAAAAGGUGGCGGUGAAAGUAAUAAGGAACAAAAAAAGAUUUCAUAAUCAGGCCUUAGUAGAAGUCAGCAUUCUCAAUGCUCUUCGGCAAAGGGAUGAAGACAAUACAUGUAAUGUUGUCCACAUGAAGGAAUAUUUUUACUUCCGUAAUCAUUUCUGCAUUUCCUUUGAAUUAUUAGGUAUAAAUUUGUAUGAAUUAAUCAAGAAAAAUAAUUUCCAAGGUUUUACCUUGGGUUUAAUUCGUCGAUUCACUCAGUGUGUCUUAAGAUGUCUACAGCUGUUGUAUACAGAGAAGAUAAUCCACUGUGAUCUAAAACCUGAGAACAUAUUAAUAAGCCAGCCUCAACUUGGGCAAGUUUCAUUUAAAGUUAUUGACUUUGGAUCAAGCUGCUAUGAACAUCAGAGAGUGUAUACCUAUGUUCAAAGUCGGUUUUAUCGUUCUCCAGAAGUUAUUCUUGGUCAUCCCUAUGCAACUCCUAUUGACAUGUGGAGUUUAGGAUGUAUCAUGGCUGAGCUGUUCACCGGAUACCCUCUUUUCCCUGGAGAAAAUGAAGUAGAACAGCUUGCAUGCAUUAUGGAGAUAUUAGGCCUUCCACCAGGCGAUUUUAUUCAGACAGCAUCCCGAAGGCGAACGUUCUUUGAUUCCAGUGGUACUCCAAAGAACAUUACAAAUAGUAGGGGGAGAAUAAGAAGCCCAAACUCCAGGGAUCUGAGCACCAUACUGAAAACCUACGAUGUUUCUUUUCUGGAUUUCAUUAAAAAAUGUCUUGUAUGGAAACCUUCUUUGCGCAUGACUCCAGAAGAAGCAAUGAGCCAUGUGUGGAUGCAGGAUCCAUGGUCGCACAAAAUAAAGCAAAAGCCCAGGACUGUUACAAAGCAGACUGAUGGAUCUUUGUUCAUUUCAGAGAAGAAAAAGGAGAAUUUUCAUAAAAAUGGACAGCCAGAAAAAAGAGAUGAAAUCAAUUGGCACCAUCUCACUGGAGAAGUAAAAUCAGAUCCCCCUGAUAAGAUGCCUGCUACAAAUCAAAAACUGUCAUCCAUUGUAUCAUUGCAAGAAAUAAAUGGAAAUGAAAAUGAGGAUGUUAGUAAACAAGAUACUCCUGAAAAAGAACUGGAAAUGCCAGUGGACAAGACUGCUAAAAGAGAUCACAGAAAUGAAAAGGCCAUGCAGAAAAAUACAAGCAUCUUGCCACCCAUAAAGAAUAAGCAGCGACUGACCCAACAAAGUGAAAAUCAGGAUGCAAGCAAACAGACUAUUUCAGAAAAACAAUGGAAAAUAAAAGAACCAAGUUUGUAAAAGAGACCACAGGACCGAGAAGGCCAUGAACAAAAAUACAUUAAGUACAAACAGUGAUUAGUCCUCUUUCCAUAUAUUUGUGACAUGUUUUAUAGAAAUUAUGUUUUUGUACCAUGUUUGAAUGCAGAAAGUUAAUGUAUACCUAUCCAGAUAUGGUGUACAAAUUUCUUCAUUUUUUCAAGAAUAUAGAAUUAGACUGAAAGGCUACAAAUGUAUAUUUUGUACUUUGGAUGGGAUGAGUUUUUGGAAUAUAACUUAACACAGAAUAUGGAGGUGGAAGAUUGAAUUCUGUAAAGUAAAGACAAUAGAAUGUGUCGUCGAAGGCUUUCAUGGCUGGAAUUACUGGGUUAUUGUGUGUUUCGCCCACAUCUAUGGCAGGUUACCCCACAACCUCUGAGGAUGCCUGCCAUAGAUGUGGGCAAAACGUCAGGAGAGAAUGCUUCUGGAACAUGGCAAACGGUGAGGGGGUGGCGAACAGGGGGAAGGUGAGUGAGGUUCUGAAGGAGCUCUAUUUUUUGCUCCUCAUAGAUUUAGCAUGGGAUUUGGUUAACCACUUAAAUUCAUGGGUAAACCAGUCACUUCGUCACAUUGAAGCAGGUAAGUGUAGAGCUCAGUCUUGCUAAGUUUUUAAAUGAAACAGAUGAUUUCCCAACCUUCAUCACACUGAUAAAUGUAUCUGUGGUACUUUGUGGUACUCAACAUUGUUUCAGUAGAUCUGCCAUCACACUUUAAUUGCAAGGCACCGACCACCAUCCCUCCUCCCCCCCCCCCUUCUUUGUGGGGAAAAGCCUCCUCUCUUUGAUAUGUGGACCUUGGGAAACUAUAACUCUCAGGAGAACUCCAUCACAUGGAGCCAUGGCAUUUAAAGUGGGGUUCAAGGGCUUUCAUUCCAUAGUGUAAAUGCACCAAGAGAAGGGUAUGAACCUUGGAAAGCUAUGACUUCUAGAACUGCACGGCAUGGAGACAUGGCAUAACAACAGCAGCAACAACAACAAAUAAUUGUGCAGUUUUCUGGAAUUGUAUAUUUCUACUGCUUCUGUGACUGUUCAUUUGUAUUUUGAUGUCCAGAAUCAGCAGCAUCCACCGCGGUCCUUUUUAUCCUGGGCGACGACCGAACCAGUAUAGACUUUGUUUUGGUUUUGUUUUACAAUUAUUGCAAAAAUAUGAAACGUUUUCUUUCUCGGCAGUAAUUUGCCUAUCUUUGACAGGCAUAACCAACAUUAAGCAGAGACUCAGUCUGUUAAAAUACCACAAAAAUACAUUUCUGAUCACAUAGAAACUUGUUUGGACACUAGAGGAUGAGGAGACAGGCAAUGAUGGUGAUCAGCUUCAGAUGAAAUCAAGUCUGCAAGGAUGGAAUCUUUUGUCAUCUAGUAUGAAAAUCUCAAAAUUUCUCCACUGUCUCAUCUACAGUUGUCUCUUUUGGGCAGACUAACCACUAUCCAAGGCCACCUUUCACCUAUAUUUUUGUUCGUUUCAGGCCAUUCUUGUAUCAGUCCUGGAGUCAAAAUUUGCAAAAUGGUAAAAGCUUCAUGAAUGGUCCAAAGUUUAGCCAUACAUCAUGGGGAGGUUAAAAUCUUACCAAUUUAAAACCAUAUUAUGAUAUCUUUGAAUUGGUCCCCAAGGUUUCGUUCAUAAAGCAGAAAACUAUCCAGAGAAGAAAGGUUCAAAAGUCGUUUUACGUAUCAGAAAAAGUUAGCACCACUACCUUUGUUAUUUUUUAGGAAUCACUUAUUUUAAAUCAAAAAGUGAAUAUAAUCAAUUUUGGGGAUGGGGAAAGAAAGGAAAAGCCAAGAUAAGGGUUCCACUAUCUUAAAUAGUGUCCCACUAACCUGGUUUUUGAGAGGUGACAUAGAUUUUAGCUCAGAAUUGGGUCCUAUGAGAUGCAGAGUUUCAAAGGCAUUUUUGAUACAGAACCAAAAGCUUCUAUUGUUUGGUACAAGUCUCUUCAUUUCCCUCUUUUUUAGAUAAUGGCAAAGAGCUCAGGAACAUGCGCUGAAGUCUGUGUUUACAUCUCUGUUCCUACCUGUUUUAUACAGAAAAAAAUGUUACUCAAGGAAAGAAUCAAAUCACCCUGCCUUGUAAUCAAGGAUUGUCUGAACCGUUGUUGUUUGUUUCACUGGGAGAGAUCAUCUGGAGGCAUGGAGCAGAGUGCUAUCAGUAUACUGAUGACACCCAAAUAUAUUUCUCCAUGCUUUGAAAAACACUUUAAGCUAAGGAUAGCAGGUCUCCUCAGAAUCAAUGCUUGGAGAAGGUAAUGGGAAAGAUGAGGAAAAACAAAUUGAAACUGAAUCAAGACAAGACAGAGGGGCUUGCCAUUAAGUGCCCUAGGGAUGGAGGUGCAUCAAUCAUUUCUGGGUGGGAUAACACUACCCCUGAAAGACUGUGGUUGCAGCUUGGGGGGGGGGUGUCUCCUCAAUCUGUCCCUCCAAAUGUAAGCCCAGGUAGAUGCGACGGUCAGGGUUGCUUAGCACCAGCUUCAGCUGACACGCCAGUUUUGCCCCUUCCAAGAAUUGCAGAAUCUUAAAAUGGUGGUGCACACAUCGUAACCUUCAGGCUGGACUCCUGCAAUGCAGUUUACAUCGGUUUUCCUCUGUAACAAGUUUGGAAAUUCCAAUUAGUUCUAAACAAUGCAGCAAGACUAGUUAUAGGAACAUCUAGGAGUGAUUCCGCUGGUUGUCUGUCUCUUCUGGCAUGCCAACCCAGUCUGUGUUAACUAUGUCUUUUACAUCAUAUUCUGUGUUUAUUGUGUUUCAACUUUUAUAUCAUGUAUUUUAAUAUGUUCAAGUUUUAAAAUAUGCUUUUAGGAUUGCAUUUUAACUAUGUUUUAAUAUGUGACUUUAUAAAUGUAUUUAACUAUGUUGUGUAUCAUCUCAGGCAGAAUGGAGAGAAGGGCCAUGUAAUGAAGUAUGAAUUUUGUAUUCAUGUUUGUUGUGUUUAACUAUGUGCUUGUGGUUUGGUUGGGUAGGUGUGAGAUGGCGGCAGCCAUUUAGUGGCUCUCCUCUGAGGCAGUUGCCAUGGAGAUGUGGGCGGAGCCAUCUGCUGAGGGGAGGAGAAGUGAAGAGGUUUUUAAAAGUGAAGCCUCAGCCUGUGCUCUGAUGAGGCACAGGGAAGAUUGAUUCCAGGUUGAUGGGAUCAAGGAGACUCAAUUGUUCAUUUUGAGUCGGUUUCAAAUAAAUUUGGUGACUUAUUUAAUGUAGUCUGUGUCCUGGAAAGGCACAGAGAUUCUGUGAUAGUAUAUCACAGGGGUGAUUGUGGUUUGAAAUCACUGGAUAGUCCAAGUUUCAGACUUUGGGAACCAAUCCCAGCUGGACUCACAGAGAUCCAUUGAAGUAACAGUUUAGAAAGGAGCAGAGGAAGUUUUAACUACUUUAAGUAAAAGAAGUGAUACUUUAGAGAGUUUGAUUCGUCUCAUUCUAGUAUUUUAACUGUUAAUAAGAAUACCUCAAAGUGAAACAUCUUUUGUAACCACCAAGCUUGUGCCUGAAUAAACUUGAUAUUGUUCUUUUUACAUCAAAGCCUCUGUCGUCUAUAGACUCCCUCAGCACAAUUGCGCUACCAUUUUAACACCGAAUAAAGUAAAAGGCUUCCUCUGA